AACACUUGCCAUUCAUCCACUAAAAUGGACCCAAAUAAAGAGUUUGAUCCUAAGACUGCCAACUUCGAUGAGCUGAACCACAUCACCAACCUCGACCUCCGUCGUCGGGCUGCCCUCGCGGAGAUCGACAAUGCCAAGUUCUCCUUCUUCCAUCUAAAGGCCGUCCUUGUCGCUGGUGCCGGUUUCUUCACUGACGCUUACGACAUCUUCGCCAUCUCCAUUGCCUCGACCAUGCUGGGUUAUGUCUACAACAACGGCGGUGCCCUGACUGUCAAUCAGGAUCUCGGUGUUAAGGUUGCCACUCCUAUCGGCACUUUCGUCGGCCAGCUUCUCUUCGGAUGGCUCGCUGAUAUGGUUGGACGGAAGCGGAUGUACGGUAUCGAACUCAUGAUCAUCAUCGGCGGUACCUUUGCACAGGCUCUUUGCGGUGAUGGCCCUGCGGUCAACGUUAUCGGUGCUCUCAUUGUCUGGCGUUUCAUCACCGGUGUCGGCAUUGGUGGGGACUACCCGCUCUCUGCCAUUAUCACUUCUGAAUUCGCUGCAACUCGUAUCCGUGGCCGCAUGAUGGCUGCCGUGUUCGCCAUGCAGGGUUUCGGUAAUUUCGCCGCUGCCAUCGUUGCCACCGUUGUCGUUGUUGCAUACAAGAACCAGAUUCUCGCCGAUCCGCCCAACCAGCCUGACCACGUCGACUAUUGCUGGCGUCUCCUCAUCGGUCUCGGCUGCGUUCCCGGUGUUAUCGCCCUCUACUUCCGUCUCACCAUCCCCGAGACUCCCCGUUACACCAUGGAUGUUGAGCGUAACGUCCAGCAGGCCACCACCGAUGUCGAGAACUUCAUGGCCACGGGCACCUAUGAGUACAACCCCGAUGCAAUUGUCCAGCGCGCCCAGGCCCCCAAGGCCAGCCGUCGCGACUUCAUCGCCUAUUUCUCCCAGUGGAAGAACGGCAAGAUCCUUCUCGGCACGGCAUACUCUUGGUUCGCGCUCGAUAUUGCCUUCUACGGUCUCGGUCUCAACUCUUCCAUUGUGCUGAGCGCCAUCGGCUUCGGCUCUUCCACUGCCUCAACCCCUCAACAGAAGAUCUACGAUAAUCUGUACAAUGUUUCCGUCGGCAACAUCAUUCUUGCCGUCGGUGGUCUCAUCCCUGGUUACUGGGCGACUUUCCUCGUGGUUGACUCUUGGGGUCGCAAGCCCGUUCAGCUCAUGGGCUUUGCUAUGCUCACCGUUAUCUUCGUCUGCAUGGGUUUCGGCUACUGGGCCAUGCAGACCACCCACGCGGCCAAGAGCGCGUUCGUGUUCCUCUACUGCCUUGCCAACUUCUUCCAGAAUUUCGGCCCCAACACGACUACCUUCAUCAUGCCCGGAGAGGUCUUCCCCACCCGCUACAGGUCUACCGGCCACGGUAUCUCCGCUGCCUCAGGCAAGCUCGGCGCCAUCGUAUCCCAGGUCGGCUUCGCCUGGCUCCGUAACAUCGGCGGCACCAACUACUGGAUCGGCCACAUCCUUGAACUCUUCGCCUUCUUCAUGCUCACAGGUCUUUUCUCCACUAUGCUCAUUCCCGAAACCACCAACUUCACCCUUGAGGAGCUCUCGAACGAGAACCAGGAAGGCUUCAUCCGGGAUGUUGCACCUGUCGUCGUCCAGGAUGGCGUUGUACUCCAGCCCGCCGUCACAAACGGCGAGACCAAGGAGACUGUGUAGACUGUUGAGGUUGCAGUUGCACUCCGCUUUAUGUUUAUCUUGUUCGGGUUUUUCACGUCUAAUGCCUCUGACGAUGUGACAGUGUAAUGCCACGUCAACGACGAGUUGUUUAAUAAUGUUACAGGGUAUCGUCCUAAACGAUAAUCCGCGAUAAUAGAUGUCUGC